AGCCGGUCAUCCUCCCGAAUUGAAUAGCUGGAUGAGAAUAGAGUGUUUUCAGUCUUUAGCAGGUGAGGAGCAGAUAGUGGAUGUGGAUUUUGUGCAUUGGCAUCCUGGAAUAGGUUUUAAAGCACUGAUUCCCCUCACAUAUAGCAAUCGAGAGUGUGUGGGGGGGACAGGAGCCUUUCCCUUUUUAUUCGGGGAUACUAAAGCAACGUCCUGCAGGAUAAGGGCGCGCCUAAAGUGCCAGAUUCAUGUGUUGAGAUUGAUGACCCCCGUGCAUCGGAAAAUCUUGCAUUAGGAGAUAUGAUGCGACGAGUUGUGAGGCAGAGCAAGUUCCGUCACGUGUUUGGUCAGGCUGUGAGGAACGACCAGUGCUACGAUGACAUCCGUGUGUCCAGGGUAACCUGGGAUAGCUCGUUCUGUGCCGUCAACCCCAAGUUUGUUGCCAUAAUCAUUGAGGCGAGCGGAGGAGGAGCCUUUCUCGUCCUUCCUCUGCACAAGACCGGCCGCAUAGACAAAGCGUACCCGACAGUGUGCGGCCACACGGCGCCCGUGCUGGACAUCGACUGGUGUCCUCAUAAUGAUCUAGUCAUUGCUAGUGGCUCAGAGGACUGCACGGUCAUGGUGUGGCAGAUACCUGAGAAUGGAUUGGAGAACCCCCUCUCUGAGCCUGUGGUUGUGUUAGAAGGACACUCUAAACGGGUCGGCAUCGUGUCGUGGCAUCCUACUGCUCGCAACGUUCUUCUCAGCGCAGGGUGUGACAACCAGAUCAUCAUCUGGAAUGUGGGCUCGGGCCAGGCCAUGAUCAGCUUGGAGGACAUGCACCCUGAUGUCAUCUUUAGUGUCAGCUGGAGCCGCAAUGGCAGUCUGCUGUGUACCGCCUGCAAGGACAAGAAGGUCCGCGUCAUCGACCCUCGUAAAAGGAAGAUUGUGGCCGAGAAGGACAAAGCCCACGAGGGAGCUCGGCCGAUGAGGGCAAUCUUUUUAGCCGACGGAAACAUUUUCACCACCGGCUUCAGUCGCAUGAGCGAGCGGCAGCUUGCCCUGUGGAAAUCUGACAACAUGGAUGAGCCGAUUUGUGUUCAAGAGAUGGACAGCAGUAAUGGAGUCUUGCUGCCCUUCUACGACCCUGACACCAACAUAGUCUACCUGUGUGGAAAGGGGGACAGCAGCAUUCGGUACUUUGAGAUCACCGACGAGGCGCCGUUUGUUCACUACCUCAAUACCUUUUCCACAAAGGAGCCCCAGAGAGGCAUGGGGUACAUGCCUAAGAGAGGUCUGGAUGUCAACAAAUGUGAAAUUGCAAGGUUUUACAAAUUACAUGAGAGAAAGUGUGAACCCAUCAUCAUGACAGUUCCACGGAAGUCGGAUCUGUUCCAGGACGACCUGUAUCCGGACACCGCCAGCCCCGAUCCGGCGCUGGAGGCGGACGAGUGGUUCGCCGGCAAGAACGGAGGCCCCAUCCUGAUCUCACUCAGAGACGGCUACGUGUCCACGAAGAGCCGGGACCUCAAAGUGGUCAAGCCCAAUGUCCUGGAGAGCAAGCCGGUCACCAAAGCGGAGAGCGUCCCGACUGUACAGAAGCACGCUCCUCCCCAGUCCUCAGUGAAAAUGGAAGAUAAGCUGGAAGAGGUACUGAGGGAGUUCAAGUCACUCAGAGACCGUGUCAUCCUCCAAGACCGUCGCAUCGCCAGACUGGAGGAGCAGGUCGCCAAGGUGGCGCUGUGAGGUCCUGAGCGGAUGGUGUCAGAGACGGCCAAAUCCUCAAUAUUCCACAUAACUGAGCUUGGUGUUUGUCCCAGUAAUGAGGCCAAGCCCACAUUCCAAGAUGAACUCUACAUUUGCUCAUUUUUCUCACACACACAGACACACACACACUCAGAAAAAGAACAAUUCCUGCAGCUCAUUGGAAGGCGUUUUUGUUGAAGUCUUAACAGUUUUUAUUUUGAAAUUGUUGUAAGGCAUUCUUGUGUGAACUUUGUACUUACUGCUCAAAGAUCUGCCUGUAGCAUCAGUAUUUCCAUUGUUCUUUUGUGUUGCCAAAUAUGAAUUGUGUGCUUUCAUGCACGACUUUUACAUUGUUUUUGUUUGUUUGCUCCUGUUGUACAUUCCAGUCACAGCCUGGUAGGACAGCGUAGUAAAAGCUGGAUUGUUUUGGAGUUUUUUUAUGAUAGCAGUUGAAGUGUUUUCCUCCCAACGUUGUGUUCAUUGACAUCCAACAGCUUUCUGAAUGUGGAAGAAAUCCUCCUAAAGAUCCGUUCAGCUGGGCUUCAGAUCCAACAUGGGGGGAGAAGGGGUCACCGCCAUGGGGUCAAACUGCAGUUGCCCUCUCUGGUGUCUGUUGGCGUUGGGAAAGGACAACCCAUGCAGCUCGUGUUUCACUGAACCCCCCAACUACAGUUCUGUGCACACAAUAAAGGUUUUACACAUGAAA